AUGCAGCAGCGGUGCGUGCGACAUGUCUCCUCUCGCGUUGACUGGCUGCUCCGUGGCUUUGGGCUGACGUCUGGCAGGGGAUGGUUCGCAUCCCCGAGGCUGUGCUGUCAGGGUCGGCUGUACGCGAGUCAGUCAUCAGAGUUUGCCAUUGAGACAGAGACCCUUAGCCAUCACUGCAACAACAGCAACAGCAACAGAAUCAGCACGGUUACUUCUUCUGUUGCCCCUGAUUCCUCUUCUAGGCGUGAUGGGAGCAACCACUCGGCACCGACGCUGAGCAACGAGGAAGGGAAAAUAAGUACCUUAUUGCGUGCAUGGGAUCUACAGCAGGUGCUUUUUGGCCUCAGGGACUUCCAGACGGGAGUUGUAACAUACGUGGAAGUGGAGGAACGAUUACGCGGCAUGCGGCUAAUGGAUGAGUGGAUGAUCCAAAAACUAUUUUUGGAGAGCGGCUGGGUGCGUCAGCUGCAAGAGAACGCUGAGACGGCACCCCAGCACCACGCUGUGGUGGGCGAGCAGAAGAUUCUACGCUACAUGCUGCAUCGUUUUAUUUCAGACGAAACCAUGUGGCGUGACGAUCUGCUUGCCUUAUUGGAGCUCCUUUUUACUUCUGUGGAUCAGUCAACAUGCCUUUCUUUUGAUCGUACGUCUUGUCACACCGAAUUGCACCCCUGCACGACGUCAGUGGAUAACUCUGCCUGCGGCCACGAAGAUGAUCACAACACAAGUGAAUUCUCGGUGAGAAUUCCAGGCUCCCUUUUUAAGGAACCCGAAAAGAUGAACUUCUACUCGUAUGGCUUGCAGAAUGUCCUGUGGGAGUUCCUGCAGGAGGAUGCAUCUUCUUUUGGAGACACCUCGGCACUCUGGCGCGUUUUUGUGGUAUCCUAUCGCAACCUGUUGUCUCUACCCUCGCCGCAGCGGCCGCCGUUUAGUCGAUACGAGUCUCAUCCUGGUAUAUUGGGGGCGGAGUUUGUGGGGGCAAUGCGCUCUAAGCAAACUAAGAGCCCCAGGGAGAAUUCGGAUGAAGUGGCACUUGGGGAUACGCCUCAAGAGCCUGUGGAAUGUGAUUUGCCGAAUGACGGGCAGGAAGAAACGUCGAGAGACGGCGAAGAAGACAAAGUGAUGAUGAUGAACGAUGAAAGUGGGAACUCGUACUUGCGUGAUAGGUUCUACAUGAGUGUGAUUGAGCCGGGUGAAGUUUCUUUUCCCGCAGGAGAUGCCAGGCCGAGUGGUGUUUUGUGUGGAGCCGGAAAUGAGCACACACCAGAGCGGCAUUCAGGUGUUUUUCCGGCCUCUUGGCGAGGGGAACGCGAGAUUCUCAACCCCGGGAACGGGGAGCUGGAGGAUAUUCACCUCAACCACCUCUGGGGUAUAUUUCAAAAGAUGAAGCUGGAAGACAGCAUCGACAUGUGCCGUGCGGUGCGUCAUGGAAAUCUGGAGAAAUUGAGGUGGGAAGUGUUUAUGGACGUCCUUGCCAAGGAAAGGUCUUUUGUUGCUUUUUUUUGCACGCGACGAGGUGCGGGCGUUGACCCCACCACACCUGACAUAUCGUCGGCUCAGUCGACUGCAUCAAGAACUGAAAGUAAUUGCCUCAUGGACUUCCACUCGUGGCCACGGCGUGCCCCCACCAUCACUCCCAUCGUUUGA